AUGAAUGAACAGGAUAAUAAAUUUUAUGUAAUUGUCAAGCUUUUAACUGUUAAACCAACUCGUUCCACAUCGUUUUCAGCUCGCAGGAAAUUGGUGACAACAACGGUGAACAAUCAGGUUAUCAGGGAAUUCGGAUUCGUAGUGCAAUAUGACGUAGGCGGUUGCGUAAAUAAUCGCGAAGCUUCUGAGGCAGUUCCCAUAGUUCUUCAGCAAACACCACAGCACGAGAAUGAAUUCACACGCAAAGGUAAACAUUAUGAAUUUGUUCUCAUUGAUUUCGAUUUUCCACAAAUGAUUAUCGAUGUCGUUUAG